GAAGGAGGACACAGUCUCGCUUCUUUCGCUCUGCAAUUCGCCCACCAACCUCAAACGCUCGCCAAAUGGCUUUCAAGCUGAUUGCUCUGGUCUCCUGCCUGGCAGCCGCAUCCGCUGGACUCAUCCAGGUGGAGCAGCACGAGCAACAGCCCCAGCUGUACCAGGCCCACCAGCCGCAGCAUGUGGUCUACCAGAAGCAGCACGAGGUCCAUCCCCACGGGCACGAGGUGUACCCCGACGAUCCUCAUCCCAAGUACAACUUCGCCUACGACGUGCAGGACGCCCUCUCCGGGGAUUCAAAGAGCCAGGUGGAGUCCAGGGACGGGGAUGUGGUGCAGGGAGAGUACUCCCUGGACGACGCCGAUGGCUUCCGCCGCACGGUGAAGUACACCGCCGACUCCGUCAACGGAUUCAAUGCCGUGGUGCACCGCGAGCCCCUGGCCCAUGUGCACAAGGUGGUGGCUGCCGCUCCCGUCCAAUAUCACCACGCCCCAGCCGCCCCCGCUGCCGUGAUCAAGAGCUACUCCGCCCCUGCUCCCGCCUACGUGGCUCCCACCUACGCCGCCCCUGCCUACACUGCCCCUGCCUACUCCGCACCUAGCUACACCACCCACCAGGCCGAGCAGCCCCAGGAGCAGGAUCACCAGCAGCACCACUACGCCAGCUACGAGUCCUCCGCCCACUCUCAGGCAGCCCACGAGGGUCAUGAGUACUACCACCACCAGUAAGGGGCUUCAAGCCGCAGAUCACCCGACAGGCGAAAGUAUUAUCCCGCUCCCAUCCCAUUAAGAGAACUCAUUUAGCCCAUUAACGUAGUUGUGUUGCUUAGUUUUAAUGUGAAUGUAAAUAUUUUUUAAUACAUUUUCGAAAUAUGUAUGUGAACAAGAGAUUUUCAUGACCUUUCAGGAAACGUACCCCAUCAGGCAAAAAAAUAUUUAAAACAGAAUCACUAAGUUUAACAAUCUGAACCUGCACCAAAUACAGCCGAGGAUUUCCUUAAGUAUCUUUCGUUGGUUGAUUGAAAUUAAAUAUCUCCAGAUCUUUUC